GAGCUUUAUUUCGAGUGCCUCCUCUAUCUUACGCGCUCACACAGAGAAAACGAAAUAGUAAUUCAACAACAGUCGAUCUUAGGCACCCGGCGCGCGCUCACGAUGGUGAAGAUCAAGACGAUUAGUCGCUCCGAGCUGGAGUGGACGAAGGAUCGUGCGACGGAAGUUCCCAAGGCAAAUAGGAAUUACGACCCAAAGUUUAAUCCGAUGGCCAAGCAGGUGGAGUUUACGCGAGCUGUCCGCGCCGCCAAAAUGGAUCGAAUGUUUGCCAAGCCGUUCGUCGCCGCCCUGCCAGGUCAUCAGGAUACAAUCCAAUCUAUAGCUACCGAUAUCACCAACCUAUCUACGGUUGCCACCGGCUCUGUUGAUGGCGGAGUGAUCGUAUGGGAUGUCAUGACCAAGAAACAACGUGCAGUGAUCGACGCCCAUCGUCACUCCGUCGACGGCGUGGUAAUUUCACCUGAUGGCGUUGCCUGCUUUAGUGCUUCCCGUGACAAAACUGUGAAGAUGUGGGAUCUCGACUUUGACCCCGAAGUUGAGCGCAUUGAGCCUGUUGCGGAGUACCUCGGCGAAUUUCCCUUUUCUUCCAUUGACCAUCACUUUGAAAAGUCGUGGUUCGCGACAUCGUCGGACGUAGUGAAUAUUUGGGAUGUGAAUCGCACGCAGCCGCUUCAGCGCUUCUCCUGGGGUGAUGACACCGUGACGUCGUGCCGCUUUAAUAAAAUCGAGACAAACCUAGUGGCCUGCUGCAUGGCCGACCGUGGCGUCUUCCUUUAUGAUGUCCGCAGUCAGUCAGCUCAUAGCAAGAUUGUCAUGGAAAUGUGCUCCACGUCGCUGUCGUGGAACCCGAUGGACCCGAACGUGUUUGUCACAGGAAGUGACGAUCGCAACUGCUACCUCUUUGACAUCCGCGUGCCCGGUCGGCCCCGCAACGUUUUCCAGGGACACAUCCGUCCUGUCACUUCAGUUGACUUUUGUCCGACGGGCAACAUGUUUGCGGCGGGCUCGCAGGAUGCGUCGCUGCGUAUUUGGGACCUGCAUCAGACGACGAAGUCGGACUCGAUUGAGAUGUUCCACACGAAGCGCAUGGCCGGUGUGUGUGCUGUAAAGUGGUCGCCCGACAACAGCUACAUCUACAGCGGCAGCGAGGACGCCGUUUUGCGCAUUUGGAAGUCGGACGCCAGCAAACCGAUUCGCCCAUUGCGCGGACCUGAAAAGCACAACUUCAAUUACAUGCGCUCCCUUAAGAACAAAUACUCGAACUUCUUGGAGGUCAAGCGCAUUAGCAACCAGCGCAACGCACCAAAGGCAAUCUUGCGCACCUCCCGCCGCAUCAAGAAGGCGGAGAAGCGGGAGGCGGUCAAGGAGAUGUCGCGAAUUCACAGCGACAAGAUCAAGCCUCUGGCGAAGCGAAAGACGUAUGGUUACGUGGAGUAG